AUGGGAGGGAAGUCGCCCUUCUCCUUCUUCUGCCCGAUGUUCAGCUUCCUGUCGAGGUCGAGUUCGAGCUCGAGGUACGACGACGGCUACAUGAGCGAUUGGGAGGGCCGGCCGAGGUGCGGGAGCAAGGUGCGGUCCAGCGACGAGGACUCCGGCUGGUGGGUCGGCGAGCGCGACGUCGACCGCAAGGCCGCCGACUACAUCAACGACUUCCACCAGAAAAAGGCACCACCAACACCUAGCUACUCCUAG